AUGUCGGUUCACCCUACAAAGAAUGAUCUAGCCAACGGGGUUGGGUCGCAGCACAUUGAGUUGCCCAAAGAUGCUGACCACAACGACAUUGUCGAACAUGCGCUGCUCGACCCGGACGCAGAGAAACGCCUAGUCCGGAAGUGUGAUCUACAUGUCCUGCCAGCUAUUACAGUUCUCUUCUUUCUGUCAUUCAUGGAUCGAACAAAUAUUGGAAAUGCAAGGAUCCAAGGCAUGUCGGGAGACUUGCACAUGAGCGGCCACGACUACAAUAUCGCCUUAUUCAUCUUCUUCGUACCGUAUAUUCUGUUCGAAAUUCCGUCAAACAUUAUCGUUAAACGUACAGCGCCGUCUACAUGGCUUAGCGUGAUAAUGAUCCUCUGGGGUAUUGCAACAGUAGGCCAGGGCCUCGCGCGGAACGUGGGCCAGCUUAUAGCUUGUAGAUUUCUGCUCGGUCUCUUUGAAGCUGGCUUAUUUCCCGGAUGUGUGUAUUUGAUCAGCAUGUAUUAUAAGCGUUACGAGCUGCAAUGGCGAAUGUCGUUAUUCUUUUGCGCCAGUAUCAUAGCUGGUGCCUUUUCAGGCCUUUUGGCUUUCGCGAUUGCGAAUAUGGGUGGAGUUGGUGGCUAUGAAGCCUGGAGAUGGAUAUUCAUCCUUGAGGGUUUGUUAACCGUUAUGGUGGGAUGUGUAUCCAAAUGGUGGAUUGCUGACUGGCCCGAGACGGCUAGUUUCUUGUCCGCCGAUGAAAGACAGAUUCUCAUGCGCAGACUGGCUCAAGAUACUGGCGAAGCAAGAAUGGAUCACCUAGACAAGACGUCAGCCAAGCGUAUUGCCACGGACUGGAAGAUUUAUGCCGGUACUGUCGCAUAUUUUGGUGUGGUCAAUACUGGCUAUGCUGGAUCGUUCUUCAUUCCAACGAUUUUGAAGCAGAUGGGUCUCACCGCGGCAGCAGCUCAGGUGCGAACAAUACCCAUAUAUGUUGUGGCGGCAGUAGCAUGUCUCUCAGCAGCUUACUUGACCGAUCGCCUCCAACACAGAUACACGUUCACGUUGAUCGGGGUCGGGGUUGCCACCGUUGGAUACAUACUACUGCUCUGCCAACAACAUGUUUCUGUCGGCGUACGUUACUUUGCCUUGAUACUUGUUGUGAGUGGCGGCUACACUACACAGCCCAUUACCUUGACAUGGCUCGCAAAUAAUGUAAGUGGGCAUUAUAAAAGGGCUGUUUCGUCGGCCGCACAAGUGGGCUUUGGUAAUCUUGGAGGAAUUGUUGCCUCCAAUGUUUUCUUCGAUGCCGAGGCUCCGUUCUACUGGACAGGCUAUGGAGUGAGCCUUGGGAUGUUAUGGCUCUGUGCAGGAGCGUGUACUGUUCUCUAUGUUGGGGUCCGCGUUGAGAACAAGAAGAGAGAUCGGGGAGACCGUGACUUGCGGCUGGAAGGAGAAGACGUGAAUAAUCUCGGAGAUGAUCAUCCGACUUGGAGAUUCACUACCUAA